AUGAGUCACCACGGACGAAAGAGGGUGUUGCCAACAGGUGGUGUGGUCAGGUCUGUUACCGUCUGUAAAAGAGGGUUACUGUUUGUUAGAACGUGGUGGUGUCGCAGGGGAUCAGAACAAGGAGUCACCAGAAAUGUGUGUCGUGCGGGAGCGAAAGAGAGUGUCGGCAGCAGUGGGAUGGAUCAGUCUCACCAGGAGAAUCAAUCGGCCAUAACUGGCCAUGGUAGCAGUCCGGCUGCCUCUAUGAUCGCAUCGGACUCCUCUGACGGUACCGUACCCGAGCUAUCGCAGGAAUCCGUUUCAAUUUUCGUUUCUAUCGCUUCGCCAUACUGGUACAGUCCUCAGUAG